AUGUUACAUCCGUCACUAUUAAUGAUUGCUAGUAUUAUUCCUUUAGAAUAUGAAGAACAACUUGGGGAUUCAACAACAUUAAUACAAAAUAUUAUAGAUGAUCAAAGAGACAAUGUUAAUAAUUUAAUUGAUAGAUCAAAUUUCAGUUCAGCAUUAACAGCAUUAACAGUAAAGGAAUAUAUAUCAAUUGAUAAUGAUGGGAUUAGUGAAAUUCCAAUCAAAGAGGAAUAUGUUAUUAUAGACCCGAAAAAUAAUUUUGUACUUGGCAUGCAUUCUGAUUGGGCUACUGCUGAUCGUAAUACUUUAUUCUAUGUGGUAGUAACUAAUUGCACAAGCAAAGAAAAGCUUUAUCAACAACUUCUAAAAUUAGGUUUCAAUAGCUACUAA